AUGCAUCGCACACAUCAGAACAAGCGCCGCGGAAUUGAGUGGGGAUUAACCAAUAUCUUAGAUGAUUUGGAUUAUGCUGAUAUGCAAUCCAAGUUGGAAGACCUGGAACGCGAGGCGGGUUCUGCGGGGAUCAGAUCAACACUCGGAAAACUAAAGGAAUGCCCGCUGGAGUUGAAAACCGCACCAAAUUGCGGAUGGGUGCAGAGGAUUAGGAACGCAUUCAUAAAUUUGUUUACCUUGGAAGCGUCGUGUCUGAAGCUGGACGUACAGAAGAAAACAUUAGUUCACGCAUUGCCCUUGGCCCUGAGCAACCUUCGCACAACUUCUGGCCUGACAGUACGGAAGUUGACUCGUCGACUCAAGGUUCAAAUAUUCGGGUAUAUGUGUUUGAAACGUGGAAGGUCACUAACGACAUCUCGUACCGGCUCCAAGUCUUAG